UAUCCCAGUCCUGGGAGAAAACUGUCUGGAGGCCUGCGGUGUUGGCUGUGAGAAGCACUUGGAUCUGACUCGCGCUGCUGGUGGUGGCAUCGGUGCGCCCAGGGCCCCGGGUACCCGGGAGUAACUCAGCGCGGUGCCUAGAACAUUAAACGGAAGCCGCUGCUCAGCUCCCAAGAUGGUGCCACUCAAACUGCAUGCACUCGUCUGCCUCUUCUGCUGCCUCCCGUGGGUGCAGCCUUUUCACUGGCAAGACCCCCUUCCUUUUGACUUUAGGUCGUCAGCGUGGCUCCAAAAGAUACAAGCAGUGAUGUCCGCGGCCAGCUCUGGCCAUAGUAAAAUCCCCAAAGGAAAUGGACCCUACCCAGUUGGUUGUACAGACCUGAUGUUCGGUUAUGCUAAUGAGAGUGUCUUCUUGCGAUUGUAUUACCCAGCUCAAGAUCAAGAUCACCUUAACACAAUUUGGAUCCCAAACAAAGAAUAUUUUUUUGGCCUUAGUAAAUUUCUUGGAACACCUCAAUUUAUAGGCAACAUUUUGAACUUCUUCUAUGGUUCAAUGACAACGCCUGCAAGCUGGAAUUCUCCUGUCAGGACUGGUGAAAAAUAUCCACUAAUUGUCUUUUCUCAUGGUCUUGGAGCCUUCAGAACUAUUUAUUCUGCUAUUGGCAUUGGCCUGGCAUCUUAUGGGUUCAUAGUUGCUGCUGUGGAGCACAGAGAUGGAUCGGCAUCAGCAACUUACUAUUUUGAGGACCAGGCGGCUGCAAAGGUGGAAAACAGGACUUGGCUCUACCUGAAAAGGCUAAAACAAGAGGAGGCAGAGAGAGUUCGGAAAGAGCAGGUACGGCAAAGAGCAAAACAGUGUUCCCAGGCUCUCAGUGCAAUUCUUGACAUUGGACGUGGAAGCCCGAAAGAGAACAUGCUAGGUUCUGAUUUUGACCAGAAACAGCUGGAGGGUGCUAUCGAUGAGGAUAAAAUAGCUAUGAUUGGACAUUCUUUUGGAGGAGCAACAGUCAUCCACACCCUUAGUGAAGAUCAGAGAUUCAAAUGCGGGGUAGCUCUUGAUCCGUGGAUGUAUCCGGUGAGUGAGGAGCUGUACUCCAAAGUCCCUCAGCCCCUCUUCUUCAUCAACUCCGCACAAUUCCAGUCUCCCAAAGACAUCAUGAAAAUGAAGAAAUUCUACCAGCCUGACAAGGAAAGGAAAAUGAUUACCAUCAAGGGCUCGGUGCACCAGAAUUUUGCCGACUUUACUUUUGUAACUGGCAAAAUAAUUGGAAUCAAGCUAACGUUAAAAGGAGAAAUAGACUCCUGUAUAGCCAUCGACCUCACCAACAAAGCUUCCUUAGCUUUUCUACAGAGGCAUUUAGGACUUCAUAAAGACUUCAAUCAGUGGGACUCUCUGGUGGAAGGAAACAACAAGAAUCUGAUCCCUGGGUCACCCUCUGAUGUAGUUACCCUGUCCCCGGCUCUGUAUCACUCUCCGGGAUCGCACACCCAGAAUUAGAGCUGCUUAGAGAGAGGAGGGAGAGGGAGAGAGAGAAUGGAAGAGAGACAGAGACCUUAAUGUAUUUACGCAAAUGACCGUUUUUAAGUGUACACUGUACUAUGUACUAAUGAUGAAUCCCUGGACUAAGGGUUUUCCUCCGGUGUAAAGAACAUAAAGUACAGCAUAUUAAAAUCAUCCGCAAUGUA